UUCGAUUUUUUCGGCCAUUUUUUGUCAUUUUUCCACCAAACCAACAACAAACAAACCCUUCCUACACCAAAAGCGGCCUAUCCCUCCAUUUUGAGCAGCUUUGGCCGACGUUUUUGUCGCCGGAGGCGAUUUCCGGCGAGACUCCGGUGAGGCUCCGACGAGCACUUCCGGGCACUUUUUCGGCUUUUCGUCGCUUCCAUCGCCUUCCCCUCAUCAUCCCCUACACCUCUACUUGAGUCUCUAGGUUUGAUUUUGCCCUUAACGAUGUUAAUUGUGGAGAAUUGGGUGUUAGGGUGCAUGUUUAGAGAACCUCAUUGAAUCUUGUGAUUUUUGUGCAAUUGAUUGAGGGGAAUGCAUGGAGUGUGUUUGAAUUGUGUUGGGCAAAGUCCCUCUUGGUUGUUUGAGCCCUUGUGUGCAAGAAUUGUGCCAAUUUCAUGCUUACCUUAAUAGUGCACACAAGGUGUUCGAUGAAAUGCCUGUUUUUCAUGCUAUGUUGUGGGCACCGGUUGUGGCCCUUAUUGAUGUGCUUUGAGGGUGUGUUUGCUAUGGAUGUGAACCUUAAGUUGCCUACUUUAUCGUGAAUGUGCACCCCCACUCAGAUUAUGCUUGAUUUAUCGAGUUUUUGACCCCCGAACUAUGGAUGAAACCAUGGUUAGGCUGUUUUCUGUUCUUAAGUGUGGGGGUGUGAUUAACAUUUUCCUUGUCUCUUUUGGUUCCACUUUGGGCUGUUCUUUUGCAGGACCAUGUCGAAGCCCAACCUCCGGCAUCAAUAUGUUCAAGAUUUGAGAAGGGGACCCCACCAGGAUCGUUUUAAGAACGUCCUGGCCUGCAAGUUUGGGCAGCAUCAUUACUGGUCCAAGCGAGAGUUGGAGACGCUGAACUGCUACGAGCACCUCUCCCCCGUUGUCACCAACCGCUACUGGCGCCGCCUACUCAGCAUUCGCGAGAAGGUGUACCAUGAGCUCAUGCUCGAGUUCUACACUACCUUCGAGCACGCAGCCACAGACGAUUGGAAGGACGAAAAAGCCGUCCAGUUCUGGCUCGGCGGUGUACCACGAUCCAUGAGCUACGACGAGCUGGCGAACGCCCUCGGCCUCAACCUGGUCAAUGACAGGAACUACCUCACCGAGAGCGCCGAGCCAGCGGGGGUGGACUUCGGGAGGCUAUACUACAGCCUCGCUCGGCCACGUCAGCUUCCCUUCAAGGCGGGGAAGACGAAGGCUAGCACAUUGCAGCUCGACAACCGCAUCCUCCAUCACAUGCUGGCCAAGUCUUACACCCCAUCCUCAGACAGUGCCAGUGCCAUCACCAAGAGAUCCCUAUACUUCAUCCAGUCCAUGCGCUAGAGGGAUCAUCCCCUCCACUUGGGCUCGGUGGUGGCGAGGACCUUCGAGAAGAGUGCUUCUGAGCUGAAGAAACUCCACUGCACUCC